UGUUUUACUAAAGAUAGCCCUAUAAUUGUGGAUCGUGCUAUCAUCCAUCCUGUAUAUAAGUUGUACCAAAGCAUAUCAAUAUGAUUAAGAAAAGAUCUUCAUAAUUCUAUUUUCUCUUGAUGGUAUCAGAGCAUCGACUCUGAGACGCAAGACGAAGCAAGAAAUCACAAACACACAUCUCAAACUCAUACCCCAUGGGAGGAGACGAAGUUCUGAAACCGGCAGACGAAAACAAAGGUUCCGCUUCACAGAAGGUUUCUGAACCAUGGGAGAAAUCAAAUCAUCCUCUUUACCUCCACCAUUCGGAUCAACCCGGAGCUGUUCUUGUGUCGCAGCCAUUGGUGGAAGACAACUACACAAAUUGGGUCCAGUCCAUGAGUAUGGCACUCACAAUCAAAAACAAGAAAGGCCUUGUUGAUGGCACUCUCAAGAGGCCGACACACAACCCUGAAGAACAACAGCAAUGGGAUCGAUGUGACACACUUGUUAAGACUUGGCUACUGGGAGCUAUGUCGAAGGAGAUAUCAGGAAGUGUAAUUCAUUGUAAAAAUGCAAGAAGUAUGUGGCUUGAACUACAGGAAAGGUUUUCUCAUACUAAUACGGUUCAAUUAUUUCACAUAGAAAAUGCUAUACAUGAUUGUGAACAAGGCACUCUCUCAGUCACCUCGUUCUUCACCAAGCUGAAAGGGUUGUGGGAUGAGAAAGACUCACUUUGUGGCUUUCCUGCCUACACUUGUGAUACUGCCACCGAAGUGAAGAGUUACAUGGAGACACAGAAAACAAUGAAAUUCCUUAUGGGUCUUAACGAAAACUACGCUACUGUCCGCAGCAACAUAAUCGGUCUGGAUCCGCUUCCCACUGUGAACAAGGCCUAUGCUAUGGCCCUGAGACAUGAGAAACAAGCAGAGGCUUCCAAUAGCAAAGCAGUUGCACCAGCUGAGGCGUCUGCAUUCUCAAUUAAGAAAUUUGGCCGAGCUCCUAAUCAUGCUGAUAGUGAUGUGAAAUGCGAGAAGUGUGGUAUGACAAACCAUAACACUAAAAAUUGCAGGGCACAUCUAAAGUGUACCUAUUGCGGUUGGAAAGGCCACACUUAUGAAUACUGUCGAAGAAGGAAGAACUCCAUGGAGGGCAGUCAAGGGCGUGCAAGAGUUAAUCAUGCAGCCUCAUCAAAUGAAGAAGUCAACAAUUUCCCAUUAUCACAAAAUGAGUGCCAACAGAUGCUGGGUCUACUAAACAAAAUCCAGACUACAACAGGAGCUACAAGUGACAACAAUCAAUUGCUGGAAAUGUUGAAUACAAGCAAGCAGACCUCAGCCAAUUUAGUUGGUAAUCUUCCUAACUAUGAAGAGCUCUCAGGACCUACGAUCAGGGAAGAUGAUUGGGACGGGAACUGAGAGUGAGGGACUUUACUGCCUCAAUCUGCCAAGGAAAGGAACGUGCAAUGUGGUGAGCACCAAAACACAAGACCUAUGGCAUCAAAGGCUAGGCCAUCCAUCCAACAAAGUUGUUCGAUUAUUUCCAUUUCUUGCCAAUAAAUCUUGCGAUGCAAGUAACUGUUCAAUUUGUCCUCUAGCUAAACAGACUAGGAAACCCUUUUCA